GUUACACUACACCGAUGAAGAAAAGGACAUGUCGUUGUAUCGAUACAUAAUGGCUGGGAAGAAGUAUCAUGAGUUCAUGGUUGGGAAUGUUCCCGGCAUAAGCCGAGCUACCCUUCUAAGGCACAUGGACAAACAUACAACGGACAUUAAAGAUGGGGUGAUCGACGCGGCGGGUCUGAAGCGUUACCUGACCGAGAACGGCUAUCCGCUGACGGUGAUGCUUGCGGAGGAUGGGACGAGGGUUACCCCGCGUGCCCAGUACGACGAGCGAACAAACACUUUGACUGGACUAGUAGCUCCGCUUGACCACACGGGACUUCCCAAACGAAACUACUUUGACGCCAGCAAUGCGCAGGAUAUGGCUGACAAGUUGAAAAAUUGCCGACUGGCAAGCACUGCAUACGUUCAACUAGCAGUACCUCUAGAUCCAAAUGCGGCCCCGUACGUGCUGUUCUACAUGGGUACGGACAACAGCUUUACGUAUGCAGAUGUACUCAAGCGUUGGCUUCACACCAUCGACUUGCUGAAGAAGCAUGGCAUCACCGUUUUUGGUAUAGCUUCAGAUGGGGACCCAACUCUCCUGAAGGCAAUGCUCAGCAUCAUGCAAUUGGCAGAUGUACCGUGUGAUGAGCUAGGUGUUAGAUUUCUUUGGAAACUUGUUCAGCGCACCUAUCUGUACCAAGAUAUAACGCACACAGUGAACAAACUAGCGCGCAAGUUGUUCAAUCGCAAACGAGCGUUAAUGAUUGGUACAUCGGUGGCUAGCGUUACCCACCUCGAUGCCCUGUUGGAUAAGGUUUCGAAGGACAAACACGGUCUCACGUACGGUGAUCUUCACCCGACCGACCUCAUGAGCUUUCGACCUACGGAAAAAGUAAUGGAGGAAGCCGUUAUCAACCUGUUGGAGGAACAUGUGCCUGGUAGCGAGGGCACGGUAGUGCUGCUCCGCUACAUGAGCGCUAUAUACCGAGCAUAUACUGAUGUAUCGUUGGCGCCGAUUGAAGCCAUCUCAAUGCUCUGGUACAGUUAAUCUAUGGCACAAUUGUUGGGUU